GGUCAUUGCUAGGAUACAAAAAUUGACUGGCGCUGACAAUUUCUCACUCGAAGUUAAUUCCUUCGUCGGUCACUGAAACCGCCAACAAUAUAUAUUUGUGUAUCUUAGGUGAAGCUGCGCUGUUUUCGGAAGUGAAUGAUGAAACCAGAGCAUGUGUCAAGACUGUUAAAGCACCACUCAGAUCUAACACAGAGAAUUAAUGUCAAUGGAAGACUGUACACAUAUUUGGUAGACAAAGAUGUCUUGGAUCAUUUCAUGAUACGAUUUAUACAGAACCAAGGAUCAUCUACAAAUCAGGUAGAUCAGUUACUGGAGGAACUCAGCAUUCUGGGAGAAGAGGCAUUUCAGCUGUUUUGUGAUGCUCUCAUUGAAGAUGGACAGGGUCACAUUGUGGAGCAGUACCUUAAAGCUGGGAGAAUAGGUCCCUUGAGUGCCCGAUGGCUAGACAAACUGGCAGAGCGUGUAGGCAGCAGCUGGCGACAUCUAGGGAGUAAAUUAGGCUUCACGGAUAUUGAACUGGAUCACAUGGAGACCAAGCACCCUCAUAACCCACAUGUGAAAAUUGUACGUAUGUUGUGUAUGUGGAAUGAGGCAGAGUUUGACAAAAGUGGUCACGAGUGCAUGCAGCAGUUACGAGACAUUUUUGCAGAGAUUGGUAGAAUUGAUUUGGCGAAACGCCUGCCAGAUGUUUUGCCAGGUGAUAUAAGAUCUGGAGAGGAUAAACUGACCACAGGAGUUCUCCCUCUUCUUGACAGCUAAUAUUAUGCCAUCCUUGGAGUAUAUUUAUUUUAUAUGAAGUGGUGUAGCUCUUCAAUCUCAGCUGCAUUUUAUGCUUCUUAUCUUGAAAUUCUUAUUUCUGGAGCUGACCUGUGUUCCCAUUUUAUAUUUCCCACAGUAAUGCUUUUUCAUUUUUUUUUUUCAAUGUCUGUGAUUGUAUUAACUGCCAGGUGUCUGACAGGAAAGCCAUAUGGCUUAGAUUGUCUAAGUUCAUCAUCAAUUAUGAACACUAGCAUAAUCAUGUGGUUAGCCCAUUCCUCCUAGCCCCAAAACAUUCCAAACAUUUUCCUCUGUCAUAAUUCUUUACCAUUAUUUUUACCACUGUCCAUUUUGGUGUUGUAUAUAUCUUAGUUUUGCAGCUUCCUGUACAAUAUAUUUAUUAUCUAGAUUAAGCCUCUCUUCUUUACCAAAAAAGGUAUUGUUUUGAUUGUACACAUUGUUAUUGUCUUCCUGGCCUAAGCAACACUUUGCUCUUUUUUGAAUGGCUUUUUAAUUAACUGCUUUUAAUUUUUUUUUUU